GUUCCCCUUCCUUCCCCCCUCAUGUUCGUUCAAAGAAGUAUAUCAGUGCUAGUGCUCUGUGUUCCCUAGCACGUCUUGCGCUCGUCGCUGGCGGGGCGCGCUUAGCGCAGCGCCUGGCGUCGUUGGUUACUCUACAAAUAUGGUCCUCGUUAACAACAUAAAAUAUGCCUGUGGAACCUGCAUCAAGGGUCACCGAUCCUCAACCUGCAAGCACUCUGAUCGCCCGCUGUUCGAAAUCAAGAGAAAGGGAAGGCCCGUUACGCAGUGCGAGCACUGCCGGGAGCUGCGGAAGACGAAGCAAGUGCACGUGAAGUGCGUAUGCGAGAAGGAAGGCGAAGUCGGCUGCGCGAAGUCUGGUUUGUCCAAGGCCCUGGAGCAACCCGCGUUCCCCAAUGGCUUGCCGGAAGCGUUGGGUGCGUCGGCUACUCUCGGGGUCGCGGCGGACAGGACUUCGGCGGAGCCAGAACAUAGAGAAGAAGUCAAAAGCAGCUGCAAAUCCGGCUCACAAUGCGACUGUUGCGUCCCGCGCGCGCCGAAGGCGAAGGUCAAGGUACCGAAGCCCCUGCGCUCGUCGCCCGCUCUUUCCGUCAAACCUGCGCUGGCCAUCAAAGCAUCACCUAGCCCCCAACACCCCGAAUUCCCCCUAUUCCUAUCCGAUUCCCUCGCGCUAGAGCAGGAGAUGCUCGUCACCGAUCCCUCCGUUCUGCACUCUGCGCAUGACCCGUCGAUCCCCCACGCGGCGCGUGUCCGUACCCACCCCAACGAGUACAGCCCGUAUGGCAGGGCGUACGAUCAGCACGCUCAUUACCACGGACACUCGUCGCCGAUCGACAGGCCGUCGUCGUCUGAGCAUCGCGAGCGGCACCCAUCCUCACAGCCUACCAACACAAUGCCCAGUCCUACGCUUCCGGACGACUUCGCGACCUGGUUCUCCGAGCCUUCGCCGUUCUGCCAGGUUUCGGACGGAUACAAUAGCAAUCGCCUACUGGAUAUGUCCGCCAACAACGGCAGCGCAGAGAGCAUGAGCUCGGCGUACGAUUCGGCGCCCGACAUGGGCAGCCACAUCGACAUCGACAUGAACCCUCGCAUCGUCGCUAGCGAGUGGAUCGGUCACGCGCCGACGGAGCCCCCAAAUAGCACAUAUCCCCCUACGCUUCCUCGCAUCGAAGUUCCUACGUUCACCUCGGAGGACCGCGUCUUCUGGGACAGCGUGAACGUAGCGGGUAUGCGCUCGGCGCCCAAUCUGUCCCUCUGUAUGGACUUCGACGGGCUCGGCUGCGCCUGCCCGCCGGGCGCCUGCCGCUGCGGCGCGGCGGAGUGUUGGACGGACUCCAUGUCGUCGUUGUCGGACCCCAUGUCAUCCAUGCCGUCUCUGCCCGACUCGAUGUCGGAGGUGGCCUACUCGGACGGCAUGCCUCCCAUGCCGGAUUCGAUGCUUUCUAUGCCGCCGGAUGCGAUGUACCAUCCGCAUCUAUCCGCCAUGCCCGACCUUAUGCGUAGCCGGUCGUCGUCCAGCUCCUCGUCGUCCGGCGCGAGCUCGGUGCAGAGCUUUCGGGACGCGUUCGGCACCGGGGGUGGCCAUAUCGCUCUCGAUGCCGGCAACCAUAACGGCGUCGACGCAGGCAGCCAGAACACCCUCGACGCAGGGGGCUCCCGUGGCGUCUUCGAUGGCGGGUGGUUCUCACAGCUUGCCGGCUGCGCGGAGGACUUCGCCGCAGGACGCCCGAUAGACGAGUUCUGGUGAGGGGGAGGGUGCGAGCCCAUAUCUUCUCGAGGGGCGGCGAAGGCGGUUUCAGCUGUGGUGGCGAAGGUCCAGCGUCGGUGGUGCAGUCGUCGGUGAGGCCUCCGGUGGUCCUCGUCUGGCGGCGCAUCAUCCGACGACAAGGCGGAGAGACGCAGAGAAGCAUAAUAAACGACGAACGGUCUCCGGCACGACUAUGUAUUCACAUACGUGUAUCUUUCCCUAUAUUUUCUGUACCCUAAGCGGUGCGGUCUUAUACCUGCUUGCAAUGCAAUCUAUUCGCUUUUAGAUCCAUAUUCUUCAUUCGCCAUGACUGACCACUAUAUUGCUGAACAUGGUAGAAGGAAAUUCCUCGUCAAAUUUAUGGAUGUAGUAGCAAUGUUAUGCAGUAUUUGUCUUUAUGGGCGCGCAGGGC